UUUCUCUACGAGGCCAUCUUGGUGUGAUCAGGAGGUUGGCCAAAUCGGACUAAUCAGGAAAAAUGGUGGCCGCAAAGAAGACGAAAAAGUCCCUGGAGUCCAUCAACUCCAGACUGCAGCUCGUGAUGAAGAGCGGUAAAUACGUUCUCGGAUACAAACAGUCGCAGAAAAUGAUUCGCCAAGGAAAAGCCAAGCUGGUGAUCCUGGCCAACAACUGCCCCGCUCUGAGGAAGUCCGAGAUCGAGUACUAUGCCAUGUUGGCAAAAACCGGUGUCCAUCAUUACAGUGGAAACAACAUCGAGCUCGGCACAGCCUGUGGCAAAUACUACAGGGUCUGCACAUUGGCCAUCAUUGACCCCGGUGAUUCUGACAUCAUCAGGAGUAUGCCAGACCAGCAGCAGGGGGGCGAGAAGUAGAGCCUUUUCCACCACAUCUUAUUGCUUGCUAAUAAAAUUGGUUGAAACGG